CUUGAACUUUUCAGUAAGAGUUUAAAGUUUAUAAGUGAGGAGAUUGGGCUGCAUGCAAGCCACCAUGCAGUGAAUAAUGGCUGCAAAGCUUGGAUACGUGAGUCUAAAGCAGCUAGUCAAGGUGGGUGAUGACUCCAUGCUCAUUCUGCACACUCACAUACUCCCGAGGCUGUGCACUCAACCCUCUCCAUACGAAUGGUUCACUGACAGGGUCAAUCAGGAACUAUUGGCAGCUGUUCACGACAUACUGAUCAACCGAUCCACUGCCAAUAUCAGAGCAACUUUUGAGGGUGUCACAGAGGGCACGACAAAACAUGAUUCCACUGGGAAUUUUCUGUUCAGAAAAAAUUCUUGUUUUAGAGGACUAUUCAUUUUCAAAACUUCCACUCGUGUCCACAUUCUCCUGCCCAACCAGUCUGGCAUGAGAGCUUCUCCUGUGUGCGUUGCCUUCACUAACGAGCAUGGUAGACGGGUACUGCCCUUCCUCAACACACACUCUCAAGGUCAAGGGUAUAAGUCGUUUAAGAUGCUACCAGAUUGUCUCCAUGCCUACGUGGACCGUUGUGAACCUUUCAGCUCUCUUGGAAUAUUCAAAGUUUGUACACCACUUAAUCAAGUGCUUAAGAUCCUUUCCCCCAAGCACAAGGUAGCCUUGGAUAUAGCCUCGUACUUCAGACCCACUGAGACGGGAAACCCCCCUGAGUUAGGAGAGGCCUUCCCCGAGGUACCAAUGGCCGGGCUCCAACAAAGACGAACUAAAAAGAACACUUCAAAAGCAACAAAGCAGAAGUUGAGUAAAUCUAAAACCCAAACCGUACCAUCUAACCAGCCACUGAUUGACAAAGCCCUUCAAGAUGCAACAGCUACUGUCACGGCACAGACAUUAUAUUCUGAGACUAAUUUACCUGCAGACUUUCUUGAUGAUUUAUUUGACUUCAAUUCACAGCCCUGUAACGAGGUUGUCCCUUCAAUUAAUGACACUAACGAGGACAAUGAUCUCACCCCACCUCUAGACAUUGACCCCCCACCCAUCAAGAAACAUGCCAGAAAUUCUACCAGAAUAAAAGGACAAUCGCAUACAAAAUCGCAUACAAAAUCUCGAAACGUUAAAGCACAUUCAGUGAGCGAACUUAUCAGAAGUAACGGCCUUAAACAUAAAUCUCUCGUUUUAAAGAACGAAAAAUUGUCUAGUAACAAGCAAUCAAACGCUCUAGAGCCAGUCUCACAGAUGUUUAGUGAUCCUGAUGAAUUCCCUAAUGAUGAGACGUUCCCCCUUACUCCCAUACCCUCGAUUACAGACAUCACCACUGUCACAGGAGGUGGUUGUUCCCAUGGCAAUGAACAGGUGUUGGAGGAUGCGACCACCAAUCAGAGGGCUCAGUCUCCCCCAGUGUCCACCACCUCUAGUACUGAGUCACUGUCUGCUCGUGACAUGGAAGAGGUGUGUAUUCUGGUGUCCAGUGAUGAGGAGGUGAUUGUCACCGGGAGUCAGAAGGGAGGCAACAAAAAGAAGAAGAGGAGGAUGGUUAAGUCACUGCUAUCUCUGGAGCAAAUCAUGGACGGAGUCAGUCGAAUAAAGGACAUGACGCAGGCAAAGAUCAUUCAAUGGCUCAGGCUACGCAAACCACUGAUUGUCGAUAUCUUCAAGGGGAGGCUGCUCUCGCAGAGGCACUCUGACUACCUGGUGGGGUCCAAAAAGAGAGCCAUGCUCAAAUAUCAAAUGGAUACGAGCAUGUUUAAUGAAGAGCAGUUGGAAACUCUACACACUAACGUCCUCAACGUGUUCUGCUCCCAGAGCAUGAAGUACUUUGACUAUGUGAUGAACGUGCUGAUACCAGAGUGUGUCAUAAGACUGAUUGCUGACAUCAACGGAGUUUCAUUUGAUGAAGCGGAGGAGAUGAUGUACACUUUUGAGAGCAGCAUUGAUCUUUGCCAAGACAACUGAACCUGUAUACUAUAAUAUUUAUCAUUAUUCAUUAUUUAAUCUUUGUUCAUGUUUCAUUCAUUCAUCUUAAUAAAUAAAUAAACUAGUGUUCAAGCUGGCGCUGUGCUAAUGCCUCUCGCCAUGUUUUUGCUUUCGCUCAAAAGUAUUAGAGUGUUAUAGAAAGGUUAAUAAUUUGCAAUAAUUAUGAUUUCAAAUUGACAAAAUAGGUGUUAGCAAUUGAAUGAACAUUAAACACAGUAACAAUAAUACAAAUUGAAAAUAAUGUAGAAAAGGUUGGUUUGUGGCUUACCUGGACCUCAACAAAGAAGAAAAUUGAUUCUGAUUCUGCAAAAUGGAUUAUCUUACACGUGGUAUUGAGCGCGCAUGCGCAUUAGAUCUACAUCCAGGAAUAGGGGUGUGUCUGCAAGUUCAAUCAACAAUGGCUACUAAAAUAGCUAGCUUCUUUAGCAGCUCUUUCUAACUCUUGUAGCCAACAAAAAGCUAGCGCUUAAGUGCAAGGCUAACUCAUAAGUUGAAUAGAAAGUUUGUGCGAACAGAUGAUGCUAUGAAAGAUUCUGAAGAGACUGCAACAGCCUUCACAAUGUGAGUCAAACUAGCCCUAACUCGAGAAAGAAGCUUUAGUUUGCUAAUCCACGAAUCAAAAUCCAAGAGAACGUGGCUAGAAGCCUAUAGAAGCUGUUAGUUUUCGUCGCAUUGUAACCGUUGAGCAGUUAUAGCUGGAAUACACACACACACACACAGACAGACACACACACAGUCAGCUUUACCGUAUCCCUCGUGCGGCUACGCCUCGAGGCAUAA